AGUCGAGUCGAGUCGGGUCAAGGUGAGUCGAGGCAUCCAAAGCCACAGCCAGACUGUACCCGGCUAGCUCAACCCAAUCCGCAAGACUCACUCCGUCCAAAAACAAAACUUAUUUUUAGUCCAUAACGAAUUGAGACUGACAAACACAGUUAAGUAAGAUCUUCUACUCAACACUCUCCUCCUUCCUUUCUCCUGAAUCAACCCAAAUUUCCCCAGAUUUUCUCAGAAAAUUUUCCCACAUCAAGAUUUUCCAUGGCAAACGCCUGGAAAAGAGAGAGAUCCAUAAAACUUCUUUCCCCAAAUUCUUUCCUCUUACUCCUCUCUCUCUCCUUCAUCCUUCUCAUCCUCUUCUUCGUUUCUUCUCGCACCUCAAAUCCCAAUUCUACCCCUGAUGUCAAAAUUUCUCUCUCUCCUCAAAAACCCACAUUCAAAAUACCAACUUUUGAUUGCUUUAAAUCUCCUCAAUCUCACCCAGUAAUUGCUAAUCUUGUUGAAGGUGUGAAAUACCCUUUUCUUUAUUCACUCUCUGAUCUUGGAAAUUUGCCAGAAAAACCCCAUAAAAAUAUUCAGAGAAUUCUCAAGAACAAACUUUUUAAAAAACCUGAUAUUUCUGCCACUGUUCAAGAAGUUCUGGGUAAGUUUCAGGCUGAGGGUAAAAAUGGGAUUUUUAUUGAUGUGGGUGCCAAUGUGGGUAUGGCUUCUUUUGCUGCUGCUGUAAUGGGUUUUCGUGUUUUGGCAUUUGAGCCUGUUUUUGAGAACUUGCAGAGGAUUUGUGAUGGGAUUCAUUUUAAUCGAGUUGGGGAUUUUGUUACUGUUUUUGAAGCUGCUGCAUCUGAUCAUUUGGGGAGUAUUACUUUCCAUAAGUUAGUUGGCCGGCUAGAUAACAGUGCUGUUUCUGCUGCUGGUGCAAAAUUGGCAUUUAAAUCAAACGAAGAGAUAGCAGUUGAAGUUAAGACGAUACCGCUUGAUGAAAUUAUAUCAGAGUCAGAACCAGUGCUACUGUUAAAAAUCGAUGUUCAAGGCUGGGAAUAUCAUGUCUUGAAGGGUGCCAAGAAGCUGCUCUCGAGGAAAGGAGCUGAUGCCCCUUAUCUAAUCUACGAGGAAGAUGAACGCUUGUUGCAAGCGAGUAACACCACAACCAAAGAAAUCAGAGACUUCCUUAUUAGUGUGGGUUAUGAUAAUUGCUCUAUGCAUGGUACUGAUGCUCACUGUACCAAGAAGAGAUGAGGUAUGACCGUAUGCCUGAAAUGUUUUGCCAUAAAUAUCGAGUUGCCAGGAGAGUUAGAAAGUUGUAAGAGAAUGACUAGAUAUCUAAAUGUUUGAAACAGGAGUUUGGAGGGAAUUUUUGUAACUUCACCUUAAAGUGGGACCCGCCAUUUUUUAUUUCACAUUUAGAUAUCUAGUUUUGUGAAAUGUCAACUUGUAAUGGGAUGAAUGUGCAACAAUCAGAAGCAGCAACGAAGUGGACGAAGCAAAAUUUUUCUGCUGAUUAACAGGAAAUCGAUUAACUGACUAAUAUUGCAGUGGUUUCCCAGCUGAUAUACCAGUCAGUUAUGUUAACUGCAAAGAGCUGGAAGAAGAGAGCGCCGUAAGCAACUGCUUGUAGAGCUUGAAUUUGAUUUCUUUUGUGUACUAAAUGAUUAUUCUUUGGAUCACAAAUUGUAAACUUUAUAGAAGUAUAUGAUCAGAGUUAGCUUCUCGAUUCAGAAUUA